AAUGAUUUCAAUUAAUAUCAAACAAGGAAAAAGAAACAAAAAUUCACAGAAAAAGCUCGAUUGAUCCAACAAAAAGAAAAAAGAAAAGAGAAGAAGAAGAUGUCGACAGAGAGACAUGGCAAUUCCUCAUCAACGUCUCGUGAAGAAAACGCUCUUUUCUUAGAUAUAGUGCAGGAGGCUCCUCUAUUCGGUCACCGGAAAUCCAGGAGUAUUUUUGGUGCUAUCGUUUACUGUGCUCUACUGGCAAGUUAUGCUGUUUUGGCAGCCGGAGCUCCAUAUAUCUUUCGCCCUAUAAAGCAUUUGGUUCCGUCUUUGCUUUGCAGUUGUGAUGUUGUUCUUCUUAUACUCACAGGCAUCUUUCAGCAAUAUUUCGUUUCUCAAGUUCAGAAAAUACGGUUGCAGGGUUAUUACAGUUUUAGCCAGAAGUUGAAGCAUAUUGUUCGCUUACCAUUUGCCAUUACUGCGUAUGGAACUGCUACUAUGCUGCUUGUCAUGGUAUGGAAACCCCACAUCAGUGUCCUUUCAGUCUCUACAUUACUGAGGAUUAACAUGUUGGCUGAAGCACUAUGUGCUGCAUCAUUUAUGAGUGUCUAUAUUGGUUACUUGCACCAGUACAAUUCGUUAAACUCUGAACCUGACAUUUUGAAGUCAUUAUAUUCUCCACUUCAACAUUCAAGUCCUUUAGAAGGUUUGAGGUAUCAUGAUGGCAGUCGACUUUCUGAUCAGCAAAUGGCUUUGCUGCAAUAUCAGCGUGAGAACCUUCAUUUCUUGAGUGAGGAGGUUCUUAGGUUGCAAGAGUGCUUAAGCAAAUAUGAACGCUCUGAUGAUGGGAGUACACCUCAGGUUGAUCUUGCCCAUCUGUUAGCAGCUCGUGAACAGGAAUUACGGACGCUUGCUGCUGAGAUGAAUCAAUUACAAUCUGAGCUAAGGCUUGCUCGAUCUUUGAUAGCUGAGAGGGACUCUGAACUCCAGCAGGUGCGCACCACAAACAAUCAGUACGUGGAAGAGAAUGAAAGGCUGAGGGCUAUUUUAGGGGAAUGGAGUGCCAGGGCAGCUAAGCUUGAGCGAGCAUUGGAAGGUGAGCGGAUGUCAAAUCUUGAAUUGCAAAAGAAUUUUUCGACAUCCAGAAAUCAAUCACAUGCAUCAACUGAAACAAGUGAGAAACGUUGAACUUAGCUGGCCCAGAAUUUUCUCACAACUCUACUACCAUUUUCUUGUGGAAGUGUUCAUGCCGGACGCAAAACGCCCUCCAUGACAAGCAUGAAAGUGCUACCACAACGGUAGUAGAUGGCUGAAUGUGCGUAACAGUUCAUUGUGAAGUUAAUGUUGUACAUAACCGUUCAUUAUUUUGCUUUUCUGGUUUUGCUGGAAAGUGUUAGAUGCAACUCUCCCCGUCAGAAGGCUGUUUCGCUCUCUUUUUUUUGUGAAAAGAAAAAACUACCAUUACCAUUAGAAA